CAAUAGAAGCAGCGUAAAUGGGAUUUCAAGGAGCAGAAGCGAAUGUUAACGAUACUGAAUCAAUCUCCAAAGCAAGGCACAACAAGGAUGGCGAUCUUGCUCUCACUUUUUUAACCACUUGUGAUCAUACCACUGAUGUACUAACUGCAGCCCAUACGAGUUAUAAGUCUUGGUUGAAUGAGCACCCUUCGGCAUUGAGAAGUUUCAAAGGGAUGAUGAGCAGUGCUAAGGGGAAGAAGAUUGUGGUGUUUUUGGAUUACGAUGGAACCCUCUCACCAAUUGUGCAUGACCCCGCCCAUGCCUUCAUGUCUGAUCCGAUGCGAUCGGCAGUACGCGAAGUUGCAAAGUGCUUCCCGACGGCCAUAAUCAGCGGCAGGAGCCGAGACAAGGUUUACGAGUUUGUGAAGUUAGACGAGGUAUACUACGCGGGGAGCCAUGGCAUGGACAUAAGGGGUCCGCCGCAGCAGCUCAAGUCAUACGAUGGCAAGUACCAAACCUGCAGAGCCCUCGAUGAAAAGGGGAAUGAGUAUGUAAUCUUCCAACCGGCGCAGGAGUUUCUGCCUGCAAUCAAAGAGAUACUAAAAGAGUUGGAUAAGAAAACCAGGGGAAUACAAGGUGUGGUGAUAGAAGACAACAGGUUCUGCGGUUCUGUUCAUUACCGCCACGUUCAAGAAUCGGAUUUUGCAUUGUUACACGAAAAGGUGCAGUCUGUGCUCGGGAAGUAUCCGCAAUUUCACCUGACGAGAGGGAAAAAGGUGAUGGAAAUCCGGCCGUCGAUUAAGUGGAACAAAGGUCAUGCCCUUGAGUACUUACUCGACGCUUUGGGUUUCAAGGGCUCCGAUAACGUCUUCCCGAUUCAUAUAGGCGACGAUCGCACCGAUGAAGAUGCUUUCAAGGUUUUGAAAAGCAAAGGCUUGGGUCAUCCGAUCAUCGUAUCGUCCAUACCGCAGGACACCGUGGCCUCGCACUCGCUUCGCGAUCCCUCAGAAGUAUUGUCGUUCUUGAGACGAUUGGCGAGAUGGACGGAGAAUUCUACUUACUAGGAGGACUGCUUUCUU